UUUUAUAAUCAUGCCAAAUGUCAUAACAGUACUAAAAAUUAUUGGAAUUAGGUAUCGUUAUUUUCAGAAAAUCUUUAUUUUGUGUCUAAAACUUUAGUGCUAAAUACUUGUGUGUAUGAGUUACAAUUGACUAUUAAACAAUUAGUUUACAGUGAUUUUUUUACCAACACGUCAACAAAAGAAGCUUUUAUUACUGACAGAACAAUCUAUAAGUGGUCAAAAUUGUUUGUAGUUGUUUCAACUUUACGAGUUGUUGAAAUAAAUAAAUGGAUCUAUAUAUAGAGUUAUAAGAAAAUGUUGUUCUAACUGUUGGUCUUGUGUCAAAUGUCAAUUAUUUGUAAUGUGAAGGAUAUCUCUAGGAAGUUUAUUUUUGGACAUAUUUAACAGAAUAACUUAUAAACAUGACGAGUGUGACUAUGGAAGAAUAUGAGUUGAUGAAAGAUUCAAAGUACCGAAUGUACGUCGCAGCAGUCGAUAAGGCGCUUAAAAACUUUGAGUAUACUUCAGAAUGGGCCGAUUUAAUUGCUGCUUUGGGUAAACUAAAUAAGGUUUUGCUAAGCUAUACCAAAUUUCCUGUCAUACCAAGACGAAUUAAGAUUAGUAAGAGACUCGCACAGUGUAUGCACCCAGCUCUGCCAUCAGGUGUGCAUUUGAAAGCUUUGGAAACGUAUGACAUCAUUUUCCGCUGUAUGGGAACAAACAGGCUAGCUUGUGAACUUUUUAUUUACAGUGCAGGCCUCUUCCCCCUCAUGGGCCACGCUGCCAUGAAUAUAAGACCUACCUUGCUAACGAUCUACGAAACGCAUUUUGUUCCGUUAAGAGAUCGACUCCGCCCGGCCCUGAGCGGAUUUUUAAGCGGGAUUUUACCAGGACUGGACACAGGGUCUGAUCAUUACGAUAGGAUUAAUUUAUUAUUAGAGAAUGUGUGUGAAGGAGUAGAACCGCCCUAUUUUUAUACGUGUAUCUGGCAGUGCGUAGCGAAUAACAGUCCCGUUAGAUUACCAGCGAUAAGCUUCGUCUUGGCACAUUACAGUAGGAAAUUACCGAUGGAGGACCAGCUGUACUUAAUGGGCCAUGACAUCGGCUUAAUGGUCUCCGGUUUGUGCGCGGCGGUACAGGAUUCCAGCGUAUUAGUUCAACGGUCCGCUCUGGACCUAUUAAUGGUAUGUUUCCCGAUGCAGAACCAGCAGCUUUUGUACGCCGAUAUGGUAAGGCUCGUCACGGCGUCCCUCACAACAAUACUAAGAAGAGACAUGUCCUUAAAUCGACGGUUGUAUUCGUGGCUGUUGGAACAGGAAGUUAAUAAUUUGCCGUUGGUCCAAGUCGACGGUGAGCAAGAUCAUAUGGCUACCCCACACCACUCUAUAGCUUACGACCUAUUAAACGAUGCACUGAAGAUUAUUUUAAAGAAAUGUUGUACGGAAUCCCCCAUAGACGUGAAACCGUACCGGUUGUUGACGUCGUUAUUCGACAAACCGCAAAUCGGGCCUGUGAUUUUAGACAGCAUCUUGUACGACGUUUUCAGAACGUUAUAUCUGUCUUGUCUGCACCAGCAAAAGCAUAAAAACAACUUGGUGAGGUGCGUUUCCUUCAACGGGGACCUGACUAGUUUAAAGAACGACGAGAACAUUUUGAAUAAACAGUUCGUCUCUAAGAAUUGUCAGGAGUUGACAAAAAACGCGAAUCUCUUGUUUAAUACGCUACAGAGCUACUACAUUUGGUCGUACAUUGAAAAGUUGUACGACGAGUCCGUGAAGAGCAUAAAAAGUUAUAAAUACCGAGAUCGCAUUCAAGUGAACGAGAUAGGGAGUGGAGUGCCGCAUAUACUGGAGAUAUGCAUAUUAACGGAUUUUUUACUCGAUAUCAUACCGAUCGAGUCGUAUGCCGAAAGUACUUCUAAUAUUUUACCAAAUUUAUUUCAAAAAAUCAUCAGCACCUUAAGGUCUAAUAUAACGGAUUUGAACAGGUACGAGAUAACGCAAAGUUUACAGCUUUGUACAAAAAUCCUGACGAAAUUCCAGCCGAUUUCUGUAACGCAAGCGACUAAGUCGGAGAUCGAGCAGGAAAACGAUUCGCUACUGAACGAAACGUUCGAGAAAUCCCUAGAAAGUUCGCUGAUACUAGACAGCGGUAAACUGGAAGGCGAAGACCAGAGAACGUUGGAAAAAAGCAAAUCGGAUUCGAGAAUAAACGAAAACUUGAGUCAUUUCGAGAAGAACGAGUUAACCGUCGAGGAAUUGAGCAGGGAGAGAUCGUACAGCAACCAAAUGUUAAAAAAGAAAGACAAAUCCAGUCCGAGGAUAGAAAAGAAGUCUAAAAACAAGAAAUCGAAAUCAAGCUCCAAACUGUACGACCUUAAGAAGGACGAUAACAGUGAUUCUCUGAGCUCCGAGAACGCCACACCCGAAAAACAUGAGUGUACCAUUAAAGAGGUAGCGGAAACCACAUCGAAGACCGCUAAGAUCGAAAACAAAUAUUUUUUGAAAUGCUUGAAAGAAUACAAGAAGUUCUAUGUAGGCCUUAUAAAAAAUAAAGUCUUGGCGGGCACGGACAUACAGGCAUUUUUCAACACCUUAGUCCGAGAUAAAAACGAUAGAGCAAAGCAGCUAGUGAAGCUGCUCGACUCCCGGUUAUCCGACGACCCGAGUGAGUUUUCGCCGGUCGCCAUAGUUAAAAACUUAACCAGAAACGAGAUUUUGUCAGCUUCCAGUGUCGCCGCGGAGACUGCGGUUUGUGAAUACGAGCAGUCCAUGAGCAUGGCCUCCAAUAUCCUCCUGGAAUUUUCGGCGUUUCCUAAUCUGUUGGAAAACAACGCGGAAGAAAAAUUGCCCGCCUGGGUCGAGGUCUUGAUCGUGGCGGCCUGCUCCAAGGAUUCCUCCAGGGAUAUCCAGUUAACGGCAAUGACUACGCUGUUAGAAAUAUUUAGCCUGGCAAAGAAUCAGGUGUUGCCCAAGAAAGAGGAGUGUAAGACGAAUAUUGUCAUCACUGGGAUCUUGCACGUCUCUCACGUUAAAUAUAUUGAAGAAAACACGGUUGUUAUCGAGGAAAUGUCUCGUAUAUUAUGGAGAUUACUAGGGAUAUUAAGCAAUCAGGGCCAGCUGAUGCUAUGCAUCACGCUGCUCUACCAAAUACAUAACACUUUCGACAGCAACUCGUUCGUCGAGCGAGUCAUCGGCAGCUUCCUCACCCAAGACAACAUAACCGUACAGUACAUCAAACAAUUUUUCCUCCUGUGGCAUCUAGGACGAGACCUUAACAUUAAACUACCGCCGAGCAAGACGAACAUAAAAAACUUCGAUGGGUCCCUGUUAAAAGUCCUCGACAAUCUGCGGAACAAAGAAAAUCCUUAUUUGCAGCUACUGGCCGAAACGUUUCUAACCCACAGCCUCCUCCACAACGACAUACCGAGAAUAAUAAACCCCGUUCUGCUUAAACUGUUGGCUUCGAAUACGGCUCGGGUAUCCAUUCGACACGUGAACAUUCAAGACUCCGACACUCAGAGCGACGUGACUUCCCAGGACAACAACAAAAUGGACGACGUUCAGGCUAAGAAAGUUUAUGCGGUGAGCAGCGUUAACGGCAACAUAAUGUACCACGUUACGGACGACCCAAGCCCCAAACCACCGAAAAAGAAGUGGUUUACAUUCUCUAAAACCGGCAAGAAAUAUUCCUCGUCGGUCAUAAACAUGACUACAAGCAUCACGGAAGACUCGAACAUAGUAACGAAGAAAAACAAAGACUUCAAAGCGUUUAACGUAUCGCCGAAACUAGACAAGGGUUCUAAGGGCAACGUCAAAUUAAUAAUCAACCCACUUAGCUCGAAAGAGGUGUACCCCACGGGCCUGGACGGGUCCUAUUCGAAGCUAGAAUCGCACUCGUCUCUGGAAAGCUUGUCCUCCAGUAACGAGUACACCCACACGAGCAACGACGAUUCCUUCAUGAAAAACUCGCUGCCCGACGGCAACGCCGGAGACCGAGAUUCCGGUUUCGACAGUCUCAAAAACAAAAGCCACCUGGAAUUGUUAAUCAGUAACGGUAAAGAUUUCACGACAAAGGCUUUAUUGGAAAGUAUGGAGCCCAUAUCCGACGGGAUCAAGGCGCACAGCGUCAACGGAAUGGGUAAUUUUGCGAAGAUACCCAAGUCGCACAGCUUCGACGAAAAAAUAAACAACAUAAAGGAGACCGACAUGGAAAGUUCGUUGGUGCAGAGCUGGUCGUACUGCAUAUCCGACUCGGCGAACCUCAACUGCGAGCUGGAAUUGAGCAAGAGCGCCGAGGAGUUCUUCAAGGGCAAGCAAGAAGAGCACGCGGUCGUCACGGAUAUAUUAAAUACCAUCAUCGAUAACGUGUGCUCGAAAGUAGACGACGGUAUGGAUUAUAUCCCGCAAAGGCCUACCGAUCUGGAUUUAAAGCCUAAGAUUAACUCGUAUAUAUCGAAAAACUUCGUCCUUUACCCGAUUCACUCGCACCUGUGCUUGUACUACGAGAUAUUCGAUUCGAACCAAGUACUCUACGCUUUGCAGACGUUGAGAAAUUGUGUUUUGUCUAACCCCCAGCUCUUCAUGAAAUGCCUGGCGACGAGCGGCAUAAAGAACCUGAAAAACAAUGAAAUUUUGUACCUCCUAUCCCGACACAGAAAAUCCCUGCUGGGCUGCGGCUUCAGCGGUGAAUUGAGCGGCGACCACGUGAAUUUUUAUCGCGGUUACAUGUUCCUCGACGUUAUCAUAUCGAUAUGCUUGAAUUACGCGAGAACGUUCUAUCCGUUGCUCGACGACACGUCGCUGAUGACCGAGGAAAUAAACAAUAACCUGAAAAUACAACUGGAGAGUCUGGAGAUCUUGGACAUUAUCGUGAGAAACCUGGUGACGAUGGUAGGGGAGAACUCGAAGGGUUUCUCCAGCUACAUCGCUGACCUGUUGGUGAAGUGUAAAUUGCAGAAGAUCCUGUUGAAUUGUCUGUUGACGUCGGUGAGGAAUUUCGACGAGGAUAUGACGUUCGCGGAGGAGAUACUAGCUUUCAACAACUUCCAGUUAAACGAUAGCAGUAAUAAAGUUGGGGAGCACGUCGAGGCCUUUCAGAUACAAAUUUUGAGAUUGAUCCACUCGCUGAUAAUCCUCGAACACGCCGUAUUCCCCUCGAAGCCCCAGACGACCGAAACGAACGGUACUACCAACGGGGAACAUCUAAACACCUCUGUAGUAUUAAUUCCUCAACAGCAAAUAUUUCUUUCAGCGAUAAUGAGCGCUCUCCGCCAGCGGAACAUGAAGCACAUCCACGAGAAGUGGCUGAACAUGGUCACUUCGUGCCUACCCUACUUCGGAGACAGCCUUAAGCAGAUCACCAUCAGCGUCAUACAUCAGAUUUGUAACAACGUCGAGGAGAUCGCCGCGAGUUAUAAAAAAUCCGAAUUGGAGGACGAGUUGUGUUCGGAUUAUGCCGUUACCCAACUGGAAGCGCUGACGAUUCUCUGUCACUACUGUUUGCUUGAUUCCUCGCAGACGGUUAACCAGAACGUGCCGAUUAAUCCCAGUACCCCCGUGACGAACCCUGGAGAAUUAAUAAACAACCUCGUCAACGCCUUUUUCUCGCCUCUCGGUGCCGAUAUUAAUCUAACGGCGAAGCAAAACUCGGACAAUUACCAGAACGCCAGGAAGACUAUCCUCAGUCAUAUGCCGAGGAUUAUCUCGAGCGUGGCGAAGCUUUGGCAAACGAUCGUGAAUCUAGAGAACGACUACAACGGGGUGUAUGGCAAUUCGAAAAUUGUUAAACAGCAGUUGUUGGAGUUCUUGAGCCCCAUCUCGGUACAUCACGGCGCUAGUUUCCUAGCGGCCAUCUCGGUGGCGUGGUACGAAAGGAGGAACCCUUUUUCUAGCGUUAAAACGGUGCUUCCCGAGCCGAACGCCGGCCAAAACAAUUUAGUGUAUUUGAUUUUGGCGAUUAGAGUCAUUCCACUGGACAAUCUAGUACAAACUGUAACGGCUGUGAUAAAAAAUCCUCCGCCUACUGAAGGGCUUAGUGCGGACAUCUGUUUGGACGUUUCCGUUCUCGAAUUGUUUUAUUGUUAUAUGCGAAACGCCUCCGCUACUCAGCUGUCGGAAGCGUGGGGUUCCUUGCUCGCGCUGAUCAGAGAAGGUUGUUCCUUGUCGCCUCCCGCCCAAUUCCUACUGGCCGCCAUCCUGCACGAGUUGAUGAUCAAGUGUUGUCCCUUGGAGGAGAGGAAGGACCAGAAGGACCUGCAGGAUGUGACGGCUAAGCUUAUAGACUGUGUAUCCCAAGUUUGCGGUUCCUGCCUCGAACAGACGACUUGGUUGAGGAAGAAUUUCGCCGUUAAAGAGCACGACGAGGAGACUACUCCGGAUUCCAGUAUUAUUAGUGGUAGUACCAACGAGAUUUUUAUUAAUUCGAGUAAUAGCGUCCAGGCGCAACUGGUUCUGUCGGAAAUUCUGGCCCCUAUUUUGGACAUCUGCUUCGGCUCCUCCGAAAAAGACAAAAUUAACAACAUCUUGACGUCGCUGAUGUGCAACAUCGUCCCGUAUUUAAAAACUCACACCGUACGCAACAUGCCCAGCUUCAACGCCUGUUCCAAGCUUCUCUCUAGUCUCAGCAGUUAUCAGUACACCAGAAAGGCGUGGAAGAAGGACGUGUUCGACCUGUUGUUGGACAAUUCGUUGUUUCAAAUGGACUACAUGUGCCUGAGGUUCUGGAGGAUAAUCGUUGACAACCUGAUGACGCACGACAAUACGACUUUCCGAGAUCUCAUGAAUAGAGUUUCCAUGAACCAAAGCGGCAGUUUGAGCAUAUUCUCCUCCAGGGAACAGGAAUACGAGCAGAAAGCCCAACUGCUGAAGAGGUUGGCGUACGUCAUAUUUUGCAGCGAGAUGGACCAGUACGCCAAAUAUAUGCCCGAUAUACAAGAGCAACUGACGAGCAGUUUGCGGUUGAACGUGCCGGGCGUCCAGGCGCAAGUAUUUCUCUGUUUCCGUGUCAUUCUAAUAAGGAUGAGUCCCUUACACGUUACCUCCCUUUGGCCCAUUAUAAUAAGCGAGAUGCUGCAAGUUUUCUUACAGAUCGAACAGGAGUUGUCCACCGAUACGGAAGAGUUCAGGACAAAUAACAGUUCCCAUAUCAAACUAAUGUCGUCUUUGGACGCAAGCUGGGCUACUAACAGUAGCAACGGACUACACGCACUGGGCCACCCGCAUUGGUUGCGCCUUCAGCUGGCCACGGCGAAGCUAUUGGAUCUAGCGCUCCUCCUACCCGCAACGACGCUUCCCCAGUUCCAAAUGUACCGAUGGGCGUUUGUCGGCGACGAUCUGAUAAGGAAAGACGACCCGUUCCACCAGAUCUCGUUUCUACCGCACGUAGUCAGGAUAUCGGAUUCGAUGAAUAGGAAGUUUCCUGAUACGCAGAUAGACGUUCUGCCGAUGAAGAGGAACGAGCUUCUAUUAACGAUGAAUAACAUCACGCAACUAAAAGACCUGCACAGCUUCUUCAAGACACUGAGUUCCUGCUCGAACAGGCACAGGACGGAAUGUAGUAGAUCGGUUCCUAGCGAGCACGCUUUCACCGAGAGACAGUCGGAUAGAAAGCUCGAUUUGAUUUUAGAAAAAAUCGAUAAGGUAAUAGAAAUGGAUUUCCUCGAUAGGAUCCCUAGGUAAACUUUUUUUUUUUUUGGUUGACUUGAACGGAAGAUUGUUUUAUGUUGUGAACCAUUUAUUAUUAAUUUAUUGUUACGUUUUUUUUUUGUUAUGUACAUAAUGUGGAAUGAAAAUACAUUUUGGAUACAAUUCUGUUUCAUCCAAAGUUAUCAGUAUUAAGAAUGCAGUGCAUUUAUAAAUUUUUAAUAUUUAUAUAUUUGUUUACGAUGCUUACCAGUCAGUGCAUUAAUUUACAGACUGCAUUUUUUUUUGUCCAAUAUUCAGUAAGCCCGAUAAAUAUAUAUAUAUAUAUACCGUGUAUGUGUAAAUCCUUUAUUUUGUAGAAGGUAUUUCAUAGUUUUCAUUAUUUCUACGUCGUAACUUAUUUAUUAUUGUUAUUCAGGUGCAAUUUUAUUGUAUAUAUGAGAUAGCGUAUAAGAUUGUGAUUUUAUAUUGUGAUUUACUGAAAAUUGGCAUCGUUGCCUAAUUGUUGUUUGUAUAAUUUGUAUUUUAUCAACCUACCAUGUAGUCAAUAUACAUUUUGCUACAAUAAAUUAUGUUAACAUAACUUCUGUGGCUGUUGAUUUUGGUAAUUUUUCUGUAAA